AUGAUCCAGACUAAUCGCCUGUACUCUGCAGACGACUUGUACAUGCUUCGGCAGGGUGAGGAAGAACCCCUUCAGGAGUAUGCAGCCCGCUCCAGCCAUGAGUACUCUCGUUACCCAGAGACUGACGAUCGCGCUACCUUCGGUGCUUUCAAGAGUGGCCUCCGCAAGUCCAACUUCCGAUACCUGGUCCAUAGUAACCCUUGGAACACGUAUGUAGAGCUAAUGAAGCAGGCAGCCGUUCACGCCAAGGCCAAGUAUUUCAACUCCAAGCGUGGCCCAGCCACCUUUACACGUAGCACCUUUGGUGAUCUUCCACCUGCUUCGGUACCUACCCUAGCCCCACCUCAGCGUUCUAUUCCCAUUCCCGCCCUAGAUAACCAAGGUACCCCGCACCCCAAAAGGAAGGAUAGCUACCAACAUACCUUCAGCAGUAGCAAGCGUGGCAGACAUGGCAACCACCACCAGAUCAAUGGAAGCAACCCUCCCAUGAGAAUGUCUUGGUACAUGAGGCACCUAUCAUACCCAAGCCUCCCCUCCGGAGACCGUCCAACAAGCCUAUGCCAAACACAGGUGUCUUCUGCCAUUUCCAUUAGUUCAGUAGCCACGAUACCGAAUCUUGUGUUGCCUUGCGCAACAUCAUUGAAUGACUUAUUCGUGAGGGGAAGUUGGAUAAAUAUGUGCACAACCUCCCACCCCCCACCUAACCCUCACCAAAGGCAGAUCAACAUGAUCUCCACCAUCAGCGUGAAAUCGACCGCCAUCUUUGUACAAAAAUAA